GUGCGGGGUUAACUUCUAUAUUGCAACCCCUCAGUAGCGUGCCGGCCAUCGCCGAAGUGGCAUCUUCGUGUCGACGUUUCGUUCUCCUCGCGACGCAAAAUUUGGUCCGACUCGACGAGUGCGUUUAUCCAUUUAGGAUUAGAUUUUUUUGAUCAGCGCGAUACGAGAUUUCGCAUUUCGCCGUUUCAGGCACCACAACGUUACCGUUUGACAUCUUGGCGCAACUAGAUAACGUGAUUUUCUUCGACAACGACGAUCAACAGCAAAUCCAUUGAAAUGAGAAGAGCGGCUGUUGUAGACGACAUUUACGGAUUAGCUUGAAAGCCGACGGCAAUCGUUUCUGCAACGCGACAAUGACAAAGUCACGAUAAGUAUCCGGCUCAGAGCGUCGAUCUGUCAGAGAUAACGCGAUCCGGAAGGAAGCUAAAUCCGUCAGAGAGACUUUGUGUCGGAGAUGGCGACGAACAGUCCCGGACAAUCGAUUCAUCUGAAAUCUCCGAGGAGCCCGCGGCAAUUGCCAGCGCUACCUCGCAAUCAGCAGCAGAUGCCGAUCACCGAACAAAGGAGUCCGACUCGCGGUCAAUCGUUGACCAAGUCGCCCGGUACCCCGCUGGUCUUCGAAUUUCCGCCCGAGUACUACCCGGAGACACCCAACACGAACUUCGACUUCGACGAGUUUGGGCGCGCCGGCGAGCUCGAGCAGCAGCGCGGGCCCAGGAGUCCCAGGAGCCCCAGGAGUCCCAGUUACUAUACCCGCGUUACGGGUCCACCGCAAAGUCCCAUGACUCCCAACAGCGAAAUACUGCACUCACCUGGCCACAAAUCGCCCAUCUUUCAGUUCUGCGAUCCGCGCAAGAAUUUGAAACAAGCAGCGAGCUACCCAAUGUCAACGACCUCGUCAUCGACGAUCGAUCGUAGUAGAUCAGUCAAUUCAUCAUGCAGUUAUGGUCAGAGGAGUCCGAAACCCUUUGAUCGGCGAAGAAAUUCCUGCUUCGGCCUGAUGAGUUUGAAGAGUCCCAUGUCGCCGACAAUAGUAAUGCCGACGUCGCAUAACUCGACCAGUCCGACCAAAACGGAUCGAAGUCCGGAUGUGGAUCAGAAGGGUGUCAGCAGAGAGAUCGUGGGAUACAACAGUAACGACAUGGGCAAAACAUCAUCUAUGGAGGGUUCUCUUGGUAUGCACGAAAAAGCCACCGAGGUAACCGGCGAAAGGUCGAAAAGUAUAAAGAUGAACGGCCGCUUUAAUAAGAGUCAAGGAUGCCUGGACGAAGUUGGUCGUGAAUAUCAUGAGGGUUUAAAAAAGCGCUCGAAACAUAGAAGGGGCGAAAAAAAUAUAUCUCGACGAUCAACCAGCGAUCUGACAGAUAUGGGCGAGGCUGAUACUGAGAUCACUAUGCUAUCCAGCCCCAGAAGGAGAGGCUCUAUGAAAGGCGGUCUUGCAUAUCUGGCAUCCAGACGUGGCUCCCGCGAUAGUCAAUGUUCCAACAUAUCCAACGUUACCAAUGAAGAUGUAGGUCCAUUAAAUUUUAACGCUCAUCCGCGUGGCCGACAACGCAGAACUUCGAAUUUUCUUGAGCUACCAGUACCGGAUCACAUACGACCACGUGUGCACAGUCUACCGGAAAAAGCGUAUAACCCCAGGGCUAGCGAUGACUUGUACAGGCUUAGAGCUUUUAGUAUCACUCACAAGGGUGUCGUAAAUCGAGGUGAUUCUAUCAUUUCCAGACGCAGCAGGAGCAAUACUUCCGUCAAUAGUAGCAGAAAUAGCAACGUGUCAGGAGAGAAAUCACCAUUUGAAGGUUCUUGUUGUAGCGGGCAAGACGCUAGCACCGAUAGCGACAUUGAGGAAACUAUUUCAAAGUAUAGGGUAAUCUUGCUGGGAGACUCCGGUGUGGGAAAGACCGCUUUGGUCUCGCAAUUCAUGACGAGUGAAUACAUAAAUACGUAUGAUGCCAGUCUAGACUUUCAUUUUUAUAUUGCAGAUGAUGAGUUCGGAGAGAAAACCGUUUCUAUUUUGUUAGAUGGCGAGGAAUCGGAAAUGAUCUUUAUCGAUCAUCCGCAUGUUGAAAUGAGCGUCGAAAACUCUUUGUCGACAUACGAGCCACAUGCUUGCAUCGUGGUUUAUUCAAUUGUUUCACGUACGAGCUUUCAAGUGGCUGAAGAGAUACUAAAUUAUCUGUGGCAAGAACAUUACACUCAGGAACAUACAGUCAUCGUUGUUGGCAACAAGUCUGACCUCGCGAGAAGUCGGAUAAUUUCGGCAAAUGACGGGAAGCAGUUGGCCACAUCGCGCGAAUGCAAAUUUAUUGAAACAUCUAGCGGGCUCAAGCAUAAUGUGGACGAGCUUCUGGUCGGCGUUCUGAAGCAAAUCCGCCUUAGAGAGACCCGUGAAAAGAAACUUCGACGUCAGGGCAGCAAAAGCAAGCUAUUGUCGAGGCUACACAAUAGCAAAACCGUUCUAAGUCUGAAUCUUGCUAGGGAAAUUCUCAACAAGAUGUGCUUAAAUGAUAGUAAGAGCAAGAGCUGUGAGAAUUUACACGUGCUGUGAAAUAUUGCGACAGGAUAUAGAGAAGGGAAAGCAGGAAUGACAAGAAAGGAUCCCUUUUACGAGGAAUGUUUCUCGAGGAAUGUUUCUCGAGCAGAAACACGAAUGCUAAUUGAGAUCGAAGAGGUAAACGCGACGCUUCUCUGCGAAGGUUAUACAUUGACAUUUUCAUUUUUUAUUAUCUUCGCGGAUAUUAUGAGGUUUAUGCCACUCCAAUUUGGACAAAACUUUGCCAGUUAGAAGAUCGUAACGAUUUUACGGCUUGCGCACUGAUUAUGUGUCCUGGUAAGGAGUCGCUGUUACGACCCAUAGGUCGUAUACGUUCUAUUCAGAUCUUUGUUCUUGCGCGUUCCUGCAAUAGAUCUUUGACAUUAUCCGAUGUAUCUCUAUCGUACACCUGCAGAGUAAUUCGCAUUGAUAUCAAACACAUACAAAACUUUGUUUUAUAUAUCAUUAAUUUCUUUUAAAUUUU